AUGGGCAUAGACACCGCCUCAUGGGAUGUAAUCGUUAACUACAUCGUGGUGUCAAGACUAGACUCAGAGUCAAGAAAGUUGUGGGAAGCAAAAGUCAGUGAGUUAGAUUCGGAAACAUUACCAACGUGGAAUCAACUUGUAAAUUUCUUAGAGUCAAGAUUCCGGACAUUUGAAAUGAUCUGUGGCAACAACAGGUCCAUGGUAAAAUCCCCAAAUGUACAUUCCAACAACACCAAACCAAAGGUGUUUCAUUCCACCGCCCAAGAAGAUAAUAAACGAGCAAAUCCUUCUUGUACUAUUUGCAAGGGUCAGCAUCUGUUAUAUCAAUGCAAACAAUUUGCAAAGCAAACUCCUCAAGAGAGAACUGAAGUAAUACAAUCAAGGAGACUCUGCUUCAAUUGUUUUGCACCUACACAUUCAGUUAAAGAAUGUCGAUCGUCAACUUGUUGCCGCCGCUGCGGUAGACGACACCACACUUUGCUGCAUCUGGAGAGGAGCGAACUACCAAGUUUACCAGAAGCUCAACCGGUCAAUAAGGAUAGUAUUGAAAGGGAGACACCAGUGAUAGCUCAUUUGGUUACAAGAAGGAAUCAGAAGGAGAUGUUGUUGGCAACUGCCAUAGUCAGAGCAAGUUCCGCAAAUGGGUACUCACAAGUUGUACGAGUUCUUAUUGAUCCAUGUUCAGAGGGUUCUUUUAUAAACGAAGCAACGACACAAUCACUGGGUUUAAAGAGAACCAAUAUCAAUGGUCUAGUCUCUGGUAUAGGUGACAAGUUGGCAAGGUCAAAAAGCAUGGUGUCUUUAAGCCUAGAGUCAAUUCACAACCAAAAAUCAAAGCACGCAAUAAAUGUUGAUGCCUACGUAUUAACAAAGUUGACAUCAUUUUUACCAACAUGUCAAACAAAGAUUACCGACUGGCCAGAAAUUAAGAGACUUAGCUUGGCUGACCCUGAGUAUGGAUCACCUGCAAAAAUCGAUAUGAUUCUAGGAGUAGAAGUGUAUGAAGACAUAAUUCUAGAGGGCCUCUUGAAACAUCCAACAGAGAAGGGCCCGAUAGCGCAAGAGACACAAUUUGGUCGGGUUCUAUCAGGUCGAGUAAGAAACAAUGUCACUUCAAAAAACCCCCAAUUAGUCGGUUUUCAUAUAAGAGUAAAAGAGGAUGACCUAUUAAAAAAAUUCUGGGAAAUUGAAAGAGAGCCUGAUGCAAUUUUGAAGAAGUUUACGAAAGAAGAAAUCAAGUGUGAGCAAUUUUUUGAAGCCACUACUACAAGAGAUAACGAAGGUCGAUACGUGGUGCGUUUACCUUUCAAGGAACAUAAGCCAAGAUGUGUUGAAGGUAAGACAUGA